GUCCGAGAGACCCGGAAGUAGUUACGGAGCUCGGCCGAGAAGGCGCGGUGUGAGUAGUGUGCCGUUGUUUUUCCUCGCUCGCUGCUCCUGCCGCCGCCGCCAUGGGGAAGCGGCAGCACCAGAAGGACAAGAUGUACAUUACCUGUGCUGAAUACACUCACUUCUAUGGUGGCAAGAAACCAGAUAUCGCACAAACAGAUUUUCGUCGUCUACCUUUUGACCACUGCAGUCUCUCUUUACAGCCCUUUGUCUACCCGGUCUGCACCCCCGAAGGCGUCGUCUUUGACUUGCUGAACAUUGUCCCUUGGCUUAAGAAGUAUGGGACCAACCCCAGCAACGGAGAGAAACUGGACGGGAGGUGUCUGAUCAAGCUGAACUUUGCAAAGAACAGUGAAGGGAAGUACCACUGCCCUGUGCUGUUCACCGUGUUCACCAACAACAGCCACAUCGUGGCCAUCAGGACCACCGGCAACGUCUAUGCCCACGAGGCGGUGGAGCAGCUAAACAUCAAGGCCAAGAACUUCCGAGACCUGCUGACCGACGAGCCCUUCUCCCGGCAGGACAUCAUCACCCUGCAGGACCCCACCAGUUUGGACAAAUUCAAUGUCUCCAACUUCUUUCAUGUUAAGAAUAACAUGAAAAUAAUAGACCCAGAUGAAGAAAAGGCCAAGCAGGACCCAUCUUAUUAUUUGAAAAACACGAACACGGAGACCCGAGAGACGCUGCAGGAGCUCUACAAGGAGUUCAAAGGCGACGAGGUGCUGGCGGCCACCAUGAAGGUCCCCGAGAAGACAAAGGUGGACAGGCUGAACGCUGCCCACUAUUCCACCGGGAAGGUCAGCGCCUCCUUCACCUCCACUGCCAUGGUUCCCGAGACCACGCAUGAAGCAGCCGCCAUUGACGAGGACGUGCUGCGCUACCGGUUCGUGAAGAAGAAGGGCUACGUGCGGCUGCACACCAACUUGGGCGACCUCAACCUGGAGCUGCACUGCGACCUGACGCCAAAAACCUGUGAGAACUUCAUCAAGCUUUGCAAGAAGCAGUACUACGAUGGCACUCUCUUCCACAGGUCCAUCCGCAACUUCGUGAUACAGGGGGGUGACCCCACGGGCACAGGCACAGGGGGGGAGUCGUACUGGGGAAAGCCCUUCCGAGAUGAGUUCCGGCCCAACCUCUCGCACACGGGCCGCGGCGUCCUCAGCAUGGCCAACUCGGGGCCCAACACCAACAAGUCUCAGUUCUUCAUCACCUUCCGCUCCUGCGCUUACCUGGACAAGAAGCACACCAUCUUCGGGCGGGUUGUUGGAGGCUUUGACACACUGACGGCCAUGGAGAAUGUGGAGAGUGACCCCAAAACUGACCGCCCUAAGGAGGAGAUUCGCAUGGACUCCACCACAGUGUUUGUGGACCCCUACGAGGAAGCCGAUGCCAAGAUCGCUGAGGAGCGGAAGAAGACGCGGCUGGAGGCAGCGGCCCUGGAGAGCACAGCCAAGACCAGCCAGCCCCAGCAGGGGAGCCAGGGCCCCCAGACGUACCGCCAGGGGGUGGGCAAGUACAUCAGCCCGGUGGUCACGAAACGGGUAGCAGAGGAAGAACCCUCCACCAGUGCAGCUGUCCCCGUGGCCAAGAAAAAGCCCAGCCGAGAUUUUGGGGACUUCAGCUCGUGGUAGCAGCAGGCUGGCCGCUCUGGAUUCUGGUAGGGACUUGGACUGUGUCCCUGAGUUGUCUGCCCUUCGAGCUGCGACUCAAUAAAGCUCUGGUUUAUUGGC